UUACUCAAGAGGAUAAACCUCUUUCAUGUUUCACCACCAUUCACCAUCUCCUCACCUCAGCAUCAUCACCUUCUUCUUCAUCUAAACUGCGAAAUCUCUGAGUAGGGUUUUUUCAAAAUGGCCACAAUUUCAGCAUCCAUUCCAUCAUCAUUCAAACCCAUUUCGACAAAAUCAAACCCUAAUCUUCCUCAAACCUGUUUCAGAUUCCAACUUUCAACCACUAGACAACCCACAAGACUUCUUUGUGUCGCCGAAGAAACGCCGGCGACAAUUGACCCCACAUCGGAAGCCGCCAGGCGACUGUAUGUCGGUAACAUUCCUCGUACCACAACCAUUGAUGAACUCCAAAAGGUGUUUGAAGAACAUGGUGCCAUUGAGAAAGCUGAGGUAAUGUAUGACAAGUACUCUGGAAGGAGUCGAAGAUUUGGUUUUGUCACAAUGAAGACCGUUGAUGAUGUAAAUGCUGCUAUUGAAAAGUUAGAUGGCACGGAAAUCGGAGGGCGUAAAAUCAAAGUAAAUGUCACAGAGAAGCCUUUGAAUGGAGCCAGCUCUACACUUCUUCCAUCAGAAGAGACCCCAUUUGUUGACAGCCCUUACAAACUUUAUGUGGGAAACCUUGCGAAAACCGUGACAUCAGAGUCACUCAAAAGCUUUUUUUCCGAGAAAGGAAACGUUCUUGGCGCCAAAGUGUCUAGGGUUCCUGGAACUUCAAAAUCAAGCGGGUUCGGGUUUGUUUCAUUCUCUUCAGAAGAGGAGGUAGAAGCUGCCAUUUCUUCGUUUAAUGAUGCUGUGCUCGAAGGCCAAAAGAUUCGUGUAAAUAAAGCGUAGUGUGCCCGAAAACAACUUUUCGGUUUUUUUUUUUCUAUUUAUAUUCGGGAUUUUGUUGAUUUUUCGUAUGUGAGCUAUCAUAUUUGAUCUUCUGUAUAAUGGUAUACAUGCUGAAUGAUAGAUGAUUGUUUGAUGGAUCUCUACUAAGUAGAUUAAAAAUUAUAAUCCAA